GUUGCUGUUAUUGUGACUGUCGCCCGGCGGCCGCGGAGGUUGUGGCUGCCCCGGGAGAUGGCGGAGGUUGAGGGGCUGGCGGGGGCCCCGGACCCCGUGGCAGGGUUGGUUUUUAGGGGCAGCCGAGCGCCUUCGGGCUCCUGGGAGCGCGACCAGCAGGUGGAGGCGGUGCAGCGAGCCCUGGUGCGGGCGCUGGGGCCGUACGAGCCGCUGCUGAGCCGACUGCAGGCGGCGCUGGCGUGGGAGCGGCCGGCGCGGAGCGCGCUGUGGUGCCUGGGGCUCAACGCGGCGUUCUGGGAGAAGCCGUGGAGGUGCGGCUUGAGACUGAAGGCAGUUUUCCCACCUUCUAAUGCUGGUGUUUGUUUUAAUGUUGUAGUGCCGAGACCUGACGCGUUAGACAAUGAGAGCUGGGGCUUUGUGCACCCUCGGCUGCUCAGCGUGCCCGAGCUCUGCCAUCACGUAGCUGGAGCCUGGGUUAGCGGGACCAUUUUCAUAAGGAAUCUUUUGCUUUUCAAAAAGCAAAACCCAGGCAAGUUCUGCCUGCUGAGCUGUGGGGUCCUCACUUUCCUGGCUGUCCUGGGCCGUUACGUCCCGGGGCUCCUGUUGUCCUACUUGAUCCUUGUCGCGGUGCUCACGUGGCCCCUCACCAUGUACCACCGCCUGUGGGACCGAGCCUACGUGUGGCUAGAGCCGGCUCUGCAGCGGCUGGACUUCAGUGUGCGAGGCUACAUGAUGUCCCGGCAGAGAGAGCGGCAGUUGCGCCGCAGAGCUCUGCACCCGGAACGCACUGGGGACGACCGCAGUGACAGCGAGGAGGAGCUGGCCGCCUUCUGUCCACAGCUGGACGAGUCCACUGUGGCUAGGGAACUGGCAAUCACGGACUCAGAGCACUCUGACGCUGAGGUCUCCUGCACGGACAACGGCACCUUCAACCUCUCCAGAGGCCAGACACCCCUGACGGAGGGCUCUGAAGAGCUGGAUGGGCACAGCGACCCGGAGGAGUCCUUUGCCAGAGACCUUCCAGACUUUCCAUCCAUCAACGUGGACCCUGCUGGCCUGGACGACGACGAUGACACCAGCAUCGGGAUGCCCAGCCUGGUGUUGCGGCCCCCGCCAGGGUUGGAGACACCCCAGGUGCCCCCUGCCAGCCGGGAUGACACUUCGCUGCCUGAGCUUUUGCUCAGUGCCCUGCCUGCAGGGUCCAACCUCACCAGCAACCUUGCCAGCCUGGUCUCCCAGGGGAUGAUCCAAAUGGCCUUGUCAGGGGCCUCACAGCCAGGCCCUUCCGGCCCCUCAUCCCGGAGAGUAGCCCGAGGCUUCCUGCGGGCCCCCAGCUCAGACCUGGACACAGAUGCUGAGGGAGAUGACUUUGAACUCCUGGACCAGUCGGAGCUGAGCCAGCUGGACCCUGCCAGCUCCAGGAGCCACUGAGUCACAGCCUUCCCCUGGUCACUGUGUUUAGGGCCCCACCCACUGAUGGGCAGGGCAGGGGGAGAGCCCAGACCUCAUCCCUGAAUUACACUUUCCUGCGGGCACCUGGCUGACAAGCGGAGGCCAGCUCGGCUGCCCGUGGACCCACGCCCGUGCUUCACCACCAGGGGUGUGUGCUGCGCAGGAAGCUUUCUGUUGGGGUGGUCCUUGGGGAACUGUGGUCAGCGUGGAGCUGAUGCUCUCUGCUGUGCAGCCGGGGUGCUCAGGGCCUACCCGCCCUUGUGCCCCGGAGUCUCCAAGUCAGGCAGAUUUCUGCAGGAGUUGUCCUGUCCUUCACAGGACCAUCGUACAGCCUUUUCAGGCUAAGCUUGCCCCUUGGUUCCACAGAGCAGGCCUACACAUCUUCUCACCUGUCUUUGGAGCCCCAGGACACACCCCAGGGUCCCCAAGGUCCUGCUUGUUUGACCUAGAGGUGAAGAUGGGUGUCUUGGGAGUCAGCUGGCAGGUACAAGGCUGCCUUGCCGUCUGGGCGCCCCUGACCCUUCUGAGCUCUGUGUUGUCUCUGGUGCUGCUGACCCAGGCUCAUCCCACCCUUGGGCUGCACAGUGAGCCAAGCAAUACCAUGUCUAUCCCUGUGUCCCGGUCCCCAGCGGCUCCCGGGGAAGGCACAGUAGCACUUUAGAGGGCCAUCGCUGUUCUCACCCUGGUCAGCUCCCCACUGCACGAUGAGCCCGCCCACAGGACUGUUAAUCAGGAAAGAUGCCUCAGAGGGCCCUGGCCUUUGGCCUCUACUCAAAUCACGUGUGACAAAACCCCUAGAUGAUCAUUGGGUCCAAACCUAUGCCAGCCUCGCCUUGGCCCCACCCCGCAGAGCUCAAGCCAAACUUCCCUUUUCCUCUUGUCCCAACCCUUGCCGAUCCUCAGGGACCACUUCCCCAAGAGGGACGUUGGAUAUAGAGCCCAGUUCUGCGCCGCGGGUGGGCUGUGCUGACCUGUUUGCUCUUGUGGACAGAUGGGGGGCCCCUUUGGUGGGCAGUUGGUUGUGUUCGUGGUCAUGGGAAGGUUCCCCAUAAGUCCUCCAACAGACUAAGCAGCACUGGGGACACAGAGUGUCUUACAGGUGGGCUGUGACGUGGAAGAAGUGUGGGAGGGGAGAGUAGGGUCUGCCUUUGCAUGAGGCCGCGGGAGGGAGAACAGCCCUGAGGCGGUCUCUGUCCCCAGGGAGCCUGCUCCCACUCCUCCCUCCACUGUGAAUUGGGUGGGCAGGGUUGGUGGUGCUGGGGAAUAAAUCUCCGAGAAUAAUCUUUUUAAGCGA